UCGCCUGUUGCUCAUGCAAUUUGGAUCCCUCAUUUUCGUUCUAGCAUGAACAGCACUGAUCGAAGAGUCCCAUUAUCCAACAAGGUCCGGAAAGGGGAGCGGGCAGCAUAACUUUCAUCCAUCUCCACAAUCAUUUAUUUUUAGGAAAGUGGUCAAUUUAUGUGUGCGGAUGCUUGUUCAUUAGAUUGAUUAAUUAGCCUAAACAAUAUGAAACAAAUCUUAAUGAUGUCUUGGUUUGUUUUAUAUGUUAAAUAGGAUUAGUAUCUAUUGUAGCUUACAAAAAGUUCAAAAAUUUUGGCAGUGAAAGGAUUGACAGGGAAAGUGAAAGCAUGGAUAUUGGGUGUCCUCAAGAGUGACAGUCCACACUUGGAUUUUUUCGUUGGUACUGAUGCUGCGAUACUAAUGACUAGAUUUGCUAUUUCACGUAUGAUCCCAUCUGAUGGUGCGCAUGCGCUCAGUGAAGAUGAGGAGACCAAAAGAAUGCUCAUUUUAUCUGGUUACGCUUGGAUCACAUUUUUGGUCUCCUCACUGGGUUUAAGGAGCAUUAGACUCUGGUACUUUGGGGUUCCAUUCUGGAAUUUUUCCCGUUACUGGUACCGUGAGUUUCCAUUCUGGAAUUCUUCCACUUAUCAUGAGGAAGGAACACUCCCGGAAGAAUUGGUUGCUCUCAAACAUGGGACUCUGAAGUUAUUGAAGAAUAGGGAUAAAAAAGUCCUAGAAGAAUUGGUUUCUCUCAAACAUGGUGACUUUGUCGUUAUUGAAGUAUAUGGAAGUGAUAAUUGUUCAUCUUAAGAGGCAUAUAUGUAUCGCUUAUUUUGCUUGGUAGGGUUUAAGAAAAACUAUAUCAAACAUGGUGACUUUGAUGUUAUUGAAGUAUAUGGAUAAAAACGAAGUGAUAAUUUUGCAUCUUAAGAGGCAUAUAUGUAUAAUUUGUUUUGCUUAGUAGGGUUUAAGAAAAACUAUAUCUUAAUUGAACCGGUGAUAUCUUAUUCUUUUUAGUUUAAUUAUAUGAAGUUGACAUGAA